AUGAUCGGGGCCUGUACAUGGACUUCCGAUUGUGACAAGAAUGUCUGCGAAGGCAACUGCUGCGAGGAGACUAUAGACAGCUACCGAUGCCACUGCUCGACAUCUGGCAAUAAACCUGAGCCAAAUAUGACCAAGUUAUUACCAUCUAAUCAAGGGUCUAGCAUCCCACGUGACUGCUCCGAGAUUCAGACUGGUGGCCAAUCCAAUAUCAGCAUGCUCAGUGGUGUAUACCUAAUCAGCCCUGAAGGAGAGGACGGGGAACCAUUCUAUGUCUACUGUGACAUGGCGACCGAUGGUGGACUAUGGACGGUCUUCCAGCGAAGACAUGAUGGUUCUGUUGAUUUCUAUCUCUAUUGGUCGGACUACAAGCACGGUUUUGGGAACGUUUCAUCAGAGCACUGGCUAGGGAACGACAACAUCCACCGUUUAUCUCGACAGAAGAUAUACGAGCUACGGAUAGAUCUAGAAGAUUUCGAGGGACACAAGUGGCACGCCACCUACAACAAUUUCAGCAUCGGGGACGAGAUGGAAAAUUACCGGCUCCUUACUCUUGGAAGUUAUUCUGGAAACAUAUAUGACAGUAUGACGUACCAUAUCGGUUAUGAGUUCAGUACCCCGGGACCGGGACCACGACACGAGCCCGCUCGAAUGGGAAAACUGCGCCACUCGCUACAAAGCAGGAUGGUGGUACGGCGGAUGUUACGCUGCCAACCUAAACGGCGUGUACGGUCUAAAAAGCUUGGAUGGUAUCUCGUGGCAAGAUCGGGCAUACAAUCGCGAGACACUCAAGAAUACAGAGAUGAAAGUUCGUCCGGCAUGAGCAUCGAAGUUCCAAUGGCAUCCUUUGGAAAAAAAAACUUACUUUAAAGAAAUGCAACUGUUUGAGACUCUGCGCAUUCCUCUGCGCAUUUAGUAUGCACCUCUGUAGAACUCACUUUCCAUAGAAUAGAAUAACUGAAGAUACAGUUUAGGGAA